AUGUCGGGGGAAGGGACCGAACGCUGCACCUUACCACGUGUACUCAGUAUACUCUUAGUAACCAGCAGCAGCCGAGGCCAAAACUUAGUAUUCAGAUAUCCCCCAGAACCGGGUCACGAACAAUGGCCACCACUCAGUCAGAGACACAAAUCGAAUAAAGCUGCUCAUGGUGCUACUAGUGCUGGUGGGGAUAGGAAUAUCACAGCUAAAUCCAGUAUAGGGAAUGUUAAUGCUGGGACCGCGACAUCUGCGGGUGCAUCUGGCCGUAAGCGAGGUAAGCGCUCGGCUGGUGGAAGGAGUAUAACAACUAAUGAUGCGGAAGGCAAUAUACACAAUGCAUCGGAUGCACCCGUCAGUGCCUUCCUGAUGCCACGCCCGAUGAGCGAAGAAAAAAUUUCACGUGGUCAGCACAAUGGCAACGGCCCAAACACGCUCAGCGGUUCGCACGCGAGCACAAGCGAUGCAGGGGGCGGUAGUGGAAGUUCGGGACACCACCAUCAUUCGGGUGGGGGCAACGGUGGGGGUGCGAGUUUUGGACCCUUAUUUGGGUAUUCGUCGGAGUUUCUCGCGUCUAUGCUGAGUCCUGAGGCGAUACUUUGUGACCAGCCGUUUAUAGUUAAGAUUGAUGAUCUGGUAUUCCAGGGAUACCCCUCAUUACUACCCCAAAGCCGAGGCCAUGGCCUGGCUGCAGCGGGAUCGCCAACUGGUACGCGGUUGUGA